AUGGCGGCGAGCGGCGGGGGGCUGCGGAGGCGGCGCGGGGGGGAGGCGGCGGAGGAGGGGGUCCUCCAGGCUCCCUUGCAGCCCCCGCCGCCGGCCCUGCUGCGCCCGGGCACCUUCUGGCUGGCGCGCCUGGCGCUCCUGCGCGCCACCGCCGCCCUCUACUUUGUCGCUUUUUUGGUGGCUUACCACCAAAACAAGCCACUGAUCGGCGAGAAAGGCCUUUUGCCGGCCAGGCUGUUCUUGGAGAACGUCAAGCGCUACUUCAAAGGGAAGAUCAACUUGGAGGCUUUGAGCUUCGCCCCGACUCUGAUCUGGUUCCUGGACUGGUCCAGCAUAGACAUGAUCCUGGAUGGCUUCGCGUUGGCCGGCUUGGCCGUUGCAGUGUUUGUCUUGGUGACCGGCUGUGCCAACAUGAUCCUCAUGACCGCUCUGUGGGCGCUCUAUCUCUCUCUGAUCAACGUCGGACAGAUCUGGUAUUCCUUUGGGUGGGAAUCGCAGCUUCUCGAAACAGGUUUCUUAGCCAUCUUCCUGUGCCCCUUUUGGACGCUCUCCCAGUUGCCGAGACGCACCCCUCCUUCCCGCAUCGUCAUCUGGGGUUACCGGUGGCUUAUCUUCAGAAUCAUGCUGGGAGCGGGAUUGAUUAAAAUUCGUGGGGAUCGCUGCUGGAGAGAGUUAACUUGCAUGAACUACCAUUACGAGACUCAGCCUGUCCCCAACCCCCUUGCCUUCUACAUGCACCGGUCGCCUUGGUGGUUCCAUCAGUUCGAGACCCUCGUCAACCACUUCAUUGAGCUGGUGGUACCGUUCUUUAUCUUCCUGGGGAGGCGCAUGUGCAUCUUUCAUGGGGUUCUGCAGAUACUCUUCCAGGUGCUCCUCAUCAUUAGCGGAAACCUGAGCUUCCUGAACUGGUUGACCAUGAUCCCCAGCCUCGCUUGCUUCGACGACGCCUCCUUGGGGUUUCUUUUCAGCUCCAGAGACAAAUCCGUCAAGGCCCAAGUCCUGGUGAUGCAAAAGGAAGAGUCAAAAGAAAAAGGAUCAGCUUUGCCAUAUGGCUGCUACAUCCGCAGAGUAGUGAACAUAUCUUUUGGGGUCCUGAUCGCCUGUCUGAGCGUUCCAGUGGUGGUGAAUCUGCUGAGCUCCCGCCAAGUCAUGAACACUUCCUUCAAUCCCCUCAGGAUAGUCAACACCUACGGGGCAUUCGGAAGCAUCACCAAAGAGAGAACCGAGGUCAUCAUUCAAGGGACAUCCAGCCUGGAUCCCAGCGACCCGGCUGCAGUUUGGGAGGAGUACGAGUUCAAGUGUAAACCCGGGGAUGUGCACCGGAGGCCCUGCUUCAUCAGUCCUUAUCACUAUCGUCUGGAUUGGCUCAUGUGGUUUGCUGCCUUCCAGACCUACGAGCAGAACGAAUGGAUCAUCCACUUGGCGGGAAAGCUGUUGGCCAACGAGAAGGAAGUCUUGUCCCUGAUGGCCUUCAGUCCCUUUGAGGGCAAGGCACCUCCCAGAUGGGUCCGUGGAGAGCAUUUCCGGUACAAGUUCAGCCGGCCAGGAGGGAAGCAUGCCGGAGAUGGAAAGUGGUGGAUCCGGAAGAGGAUCGGGCCCUACUUCCCGCCUGUCAACCUGGAGGGUCUGAGGAAAUAUUUCGAGGCCCGUCAGUGGCCUCUCCCGUCACCGAACUGACACGCAGGUCUUGGCAACAGAGACGUGUACACCCCACCCCGGUCUUCCAGACUGUCCUUUUUUAUUACCCAUCUCUCCUUCCUCUGAAAAUGUUUCGCAGUAAAGUAUGCAGAGCAGGAGAAUACACUGGUUUGCCUCUGCUUCCAUUUGGUCUUGAA